AUCCUGAAUUUUUAUUGGCGAUUACUUGCGAUAUUAUUGUUUUUUCAUUGCAACCCUUAAACGAAGACCUACAUGAAAAUAACAGUCAGUAACGUGCUACUAGGAUAAAUAAAGCUUACCUAAUAAGCAGUUACAUCUUCAUGCAAAUUUGGGGUUAUUCUGAGACAAAGUAAAUGUUUCAAAAUAUUUUUCUGGGCACUUAUCCUAUUCCUUCUAUCUAUGAUAAUGCAACCGUUUGAAAGCAACAAUAUGCAGUCAAAACAUUACCAUAAGAACAUCGAUCUCAUAUUGAGUGAUGGUAUCUCCUAGAGACUUGUUACACUCUCGUCAAGAUUACGCCAAAAGAUCCAUACCUAAAAACGAGUAUUUUAAGUCAUCACUAGACGCUACCAGGGUAUACGUAAUUAGAACUAUCCGCGCUUCAUUCGAUACUCGCGUAUGAAUCUACAUGUGUAGAUCACAUUGUUACAAAGAGACGGUCAAUAAUAAUAAUUCAAAGAGCGGAGAGUGUUAAUACUCGAUGUUAUCAGACAACUGCCAAUACUUAUUAAGGAGCAUGUCCUUUGCCGAUUUCGGUUUCUAUCGGCGACAAGCGAAGUGAUAACGAAGGUGACGUAUCAUUAACUACCGCGAAGGAGAAAGUUACUCGCGUUUAGACGUAUAGACUUAUAGCAGCCCUUCAACCUGGGCGCUUCUGUCGUCGUUGUUUAAUAAAAACCCUCUCGCAACAAAUGAUGUGAAUGUUUCUCUUUUGCCUCGGGGCAUAGUACACCAACACAAAUCGUUCUAAGCGACACAACUGCUGCGUAGAUAAACCGUCGUAGAUAGGUGUUUAAAGACAUCGGAACUGUAGACGGGGCAGAACCGAGGACGCAAUAUGACUUGGGUGAUUUUUACGGCCGUUGCACUUCUGAUUGCUUUAACAAGUGGCCCAGGUUUGUUUGCUGCUAGCACUUGGGCAGAAAAACGAUGGGAAGCCCGCUUCGAUGCAUGUGGACAGAGCAACAGUUAUGUACUGAUUAAGAGUCCAGACGAUCAGGAGUGCGCUGUCCUUUGUGGCCUUCUCCCGACACCCAAACUGAUCCCCCUCCCUAAUGGAAGCAUCUGUAUGACUAGCAAGAAGGAACCAGGGACCUGCAACAGAGGCGAAUGCUUUGCACGUGAAAUGACCCUGGAAGAAGCAUUGGAGCAAAGAGCAUCGACGAUUAGACCCGGCCGAAAAACUACCUUUGGAAGACGAAUCAUUGAUCCUUGAGCACAAGAUCAUCCAGUAAUGCACAAUACGUCAGCAAAUGCCAAUUAACAGCUAAGAGUGUGGCCAAAAAAGAUGCGACGCAAAUAAAUCGUUGAUUAUAAAAACUCCCAGAAAUGACUUGUCUAUCGACAACGAAGCUAUAAAACGGUGGCAUUAGGGCUCUCAUUGAAAUGUUGUACGUUCAAACGCCACUGUACGAAACGUAUUCAAUAUAAUAGGCCUGUGUAUCAUAGUUCUACGAACUCGAGCAGCAUAGCAGUUCGUAGAAACUAAAAUCAUUUGGAAAUAUACCUGUUUUCUUAACAUUUAAGUAUCGUACGAUCAUGGAGGGCCUAGCUUGCUUGUUUGCUUGCUUUACGGUGUAGUGAACAGACUCUCGACGAUUUUUGAAGGGCGUCGCAGUUAAGGCUUUUGAUAUUCUUUUCUGGGUUUCCUGAUU